AUGUCAAUAGACGAUAUAACAGACAAGAUUUUGGAUUUCAAUAAUAGUAGUAGUAGCAACACAUUAUCUUCACUUUCUACUGGAAAUACAAGAAUUCCACCGCAACAACGUAAAUUGUCUCAUUUGGUUUCCAAUUCCCCAUCUUCCAAAUUAUAUCAAAAAUCAUUUGAAGAUGACAACGUUACUAAUAAUACAUCUGAUAUCAAUAAUAAACAUAAAAACUUAAAUAAACCUACUAAUGAUGAAUUAACUACAAGAAUAAAAUCAAUACAACAAUUAGCUGAUCGAACGAUCGAUUCUAUAUUAAAAGGUUUACCCCUUGAACGUUCAUUUGGAUAUUUGAAUUAUGAAUUCACUAAAUUAUGUCGAUAUAAACAUGUUGAACAAAGUAAGUUGAGUGAUUUAAUUUUUGAAAAAAUAAUCAAUGAUUUUAAAACAAAUUUGAAACCAAGUAUAAUUGAAAUCUUACAUGAUAAUUAUCAAGAUACUGACUCAAUAAUACAACUGGUUAAGAAUUUUCUAAACCUAUUUACUAAUUGGUAUUUUCGAAUGUCUGAUUUAAGUAAAGUAUUUAUUUAUUUGGAUAAUCACUAUCUUGUACAACAUCGUACCAAACAUCCCAUAAUGCUGUUUGCAAUUGAUUUAUUUAUAAAUGAAGUAUUUGUGGAAGAUAAACAACUUGCAAAAAAAGUAUUAAACACUGAGUUCCAACUACUUUGUAAAUGGAGAGAACAAAUAGAAAUAGAAAUGGAAAUUGAUGAUGAUGAUGAUGAAGAAAAUGAUUUAAUUAAUAUGGAUGUGAUUGAUCAAAGCUUGCUGUUUACUACAGUAUUGGUUGAUUUACACAAUCAAGGUUUUAAAUUUGAUUUCAAUGAACAAUUAUUGAGUUCAAUAAUCACUCAUUAUAACCAUUUAAAAAUAUCAUGGCUUAAAAAUGACCCUACUACUUAUUUAUCAAAAGUUUUAGGAACAAUCAAUGAAAAUUUGAGAUUUUUUAAAGCGGUUGGUAAAAAUAUUAAUUUUAUCAAAAAUUUAUUUAUGAAACUUCGAUGGAAUUUAAUAUUUUAUGAUUUCAAUAAUUUAUUACCAAAAGUUUUACCUUCAUUAUUAAAGAAUGAGCAAGAAUUAGGUAUUAUUUAUCAAUAUUGUUGUCAUAGUGUUGAAGAUUUUGGAUAUGAUUCUAUUCUGAUAUUUAUAUAUCAAUGGGGGGUUUACACCAAAUCAGUGUUUGAAUCUAUUGUGGAUGUCUAUGACAAAUCGACUAAAUCAAGCAAUAACAAUGUCAUUGAGCAAGUAGUGAACAAAUACAAGGAGUUAAUAUCAUUGAUAAUCACAAGUCUCCCUGAUAAUGAUAAAUUUGAAUUUGAAGUUAGGAAUUCUUUGAUCAAAACAAUUAAUAAUACCACCAGUAUUAAUUCUAUGAUUAUUUAUCAAUUGUGUAAAUAUUGUGAUAAUUUCUUCAAAGGGAAAUCAAGUUCAUUAUUAUUUCCUGAAUUUGAAAAAAAUGUUUUAAUUAUAUUUAAAUCGAUAAAUAACAAACAAGAUUUUAUCAAUUUUUACAAAAAGGAUUUAUCUAAACGAUUAUUAUUAUUAAAUCAAAAAUUCAAAUUUGAAAAUGAACAAAAAUUUAUCAAUAGUUUGAUAAAAGUUGUUGGUGAAAAUGAUGAUGUACUUAGUUUAACAGUGAUGUUUAAAGAUUUGACUGAUUCCAAAGAUAUUUAUAAAUCGUUAAUCACUGUACCAACGGCAAAUUAUACCUUGUUGAAUAAUUCAUUUGAGUUUAAUCCAUUAAUUUUAGAGAAAAAGCAAUGGCCUAAUAUCCCUAACAAUGAAGAUUUGCAUGAAUUUAAAUUACCAGUUGUAUUACAAGAUAUUUUAACUGAAAUGACAAAUCAAUAUCAGACAUUGGAUGUGAAGUAUAAGAAUCGACAACUCGAUUGGACUAAUUAUAAACUACAUCAAAUUACGAUGUCUGCACAGUUUGAUCAAGGUGAAAAAGAAAUUACCGGGAACUUGUUGCAAAUAGUAUUGUUAUUAUUGUUCACAGCAGAAGAUGACAAUGGGUAUACAAUUGAACAAUUAAGUUCAAUGACGGGUAUUAAUAAUACUCAAUUCUUGACUAAAAUCGUUAACUCUAUUACCAAUGAUAAGUAUGCCAUUUUGCGUUAUGAUGGUAAUAGAUAUUACUAUAAUUCAAGUUUCAAGGAUAAAUCCACGAGAAUUAAAUUACCAAUGAUUAAAGAAUUGUCAAGAUCAGAACAACAACAACAACAACAGGAAAAACAAGUCAAAGGUAUGAAUGAUAUUGACCUGGUUGAAUCCACUGUUCAAGCUAAUAGAGAUGACGAGAUAAAGAGUUGUGUUGUCAAAAUAAUGAAACAAGAACGACAAUUAACCAUUAUUGAAUUAUUGAAUAAAUCAAUAUCAGUAUUACAAAAUCGACGUCCAGUAACUAUGACAAAUUUAAAAACGAUCAUUGAAAAUUUAAUUGAAUUAGAAUAUUUAAAACGUGAUGAUCAUAAUAAAAAUAUAAUCAUAUAUAUUCCAUAG